AUGACGAAAUUCACCGAACUCAGCACCAAGGCAGGAAUGGAUGGCGGUUACUCUGAAAUAAAAUUCUCACAUCGAUCUCGCUUGCGCGAUGUGUUCGAAUGGGGUAGACAUAGACUCGUCACCUACCCCGGUAUCGCGGUGUUCGACUUACAGCCUUCCGCUGGCCAACCGAGAACCCCCUCGGCCAAUCUCACGCGAUUCGCACCUGACCGCCGACACUGGGUACUCUACGAGACCGCCCAGGAGAACGACUUCUUAUCCUGGUGGCUGGAGACCGAAUAUGGACAACAACUGACCAAAAAUGGACAAUACAAUUUCAGAUGGUCGACUGAGUCGCGUUCUUCGAAGGUGUGGAGGCACUUUGACCAGGUGGCAGAGGUCGGGUCUGGGCGACCCAAGGUCGUGUGUCGGUCUUGCCUGGCGCCGCUGAAUCACCCUCAUCACCCACAUCACAAAUCUCAUGGGACCAGCACAAUGGGCAAGCAUCUGAAAUCUACGUCUUGUCGCAGAAGCAAGGAGAAGGUGGCCGUUUCUGCUGUCACCUCAGGCCCAAUCCAGAUCCACUAUGUGGAUCUGGGCAGGGUAGCUCAGGAUCGAUCACACCGAUGUAGUUUCUCUUCUCAGCCCGGAUUCCCGGGUCGUACUAACGAUCCCAACGGAGUAUUUUUCCACACCCCACAAUUUUAUACAUUACAAUAG